AAACAGAAUUAGAUUCUAAUGAAUGAUUAAAACUUGUUGAUUUCUAUCCCAUCCAUGAAUCAAAAGAAGUAAUAGUCAUGAAAACAUCUAUAUAGAAGUACGAAUAGUGAUUGUUUGACGAUUGUUAUAUCUCCUUUAAACGGUAAACAUCUUUUAAAUGAGUAAAACUCUUUAAGAAUAUUUCUUUCUGUGAUUUAAACAACAAUAACAGUCAUUUUGAGAUAUACAGAAAAUGGAUUUUACAGAAAAAACAUAACUAUGUGCUUAAAUUAAUUAUGAAUAAGAAAGUGAUUUUACGAAAAAAAAGAACAUAAAACAAAGACAAAUAAACUAAAAAAAGUAUUGCGAUGUGCGCGUGGUAUAGAUAAUAGUCAAAUGAUAUUGAAGAAUAUUUAGAGGAAAAAACUAUUAAAUAGAAACAAACAUCAAUUUUAACCGAUUGUAUGCAUUGCAUGUACAAUGUGUCAAUGUGUUAAGUGUGUGUUUAAGGUUAAAUCAUUCGUGAUGAACCACGUGCGGAUAUAUAUUUAUAUGGCGCGAAUUUCAAACAUGAUACCAAAAAGGAAAUGAUUAAAAAUAAUGGAAAACUAAAAUUGAACAAUGAUGAAUCAAAACUAUCUAUUAUUGAAUUAUUUCCAUGGAUAUUAGAAUUUAGAAAAAUGUGUAAAUGUAUACAUACAGAGAAAAGUAUGGCAUCUUUAAAAGAACUUAUGAAAUUUUAUUUAAGAAAUAUAAGUGUCAGUGUAAAUGAGUGUUACACAAGGCCUUUGAGAGCUGGAAAAUUAAAGGAUUUUAUUAGUGACUCUUUAAUGUUAUUCUUAUAUAUUUACCGUGAACUUUCUAAGGAUUGUGAUAGGUUCAGUUAUUUAAAUAUUAUGUCAGAUUUAUUAGCAUUCUAUAUAGAUAUGGAAUUAAAAGCAUCUAGAAAAAGCAGAGAGGAUCAUGAUAAAAUUUGUGCAAGGAUUACUUCCUGUCUAUAUGUUUAUCUAGAACAUUCCAUGGAUUAUUUAUUAGAUACAUUGAUGAAAAUACAAUUUAUGUGUCGCAGUUAUCAUCAUAUUUUAGAUCCAAUUAUGACGAAAAUAAUAAAAAGUAUUCCCAUACAUCCAGAAUCAGAUAUAAUGUAUAUCCGUUACUUUUUUAUUUAUCGUUUGUGGAGAAAAAUAAAUGAAAAUGUAGCUAUAAAAAAUCAAAUAACAACUGCAGCAAUUGCAUCUCUGGGGCCAUUGCCAUUAACAUUUUCAUCAAGUAUAUUAGAAGAUGUAUUGCCAAAAGUGCCAAAGAGUCAACCAAAUUCUACAAAGUCUCUUCUACAACAAAAAUUUGAUAUAAAGAAACAUUGUGUAAUGUUUACACAAUAUUGCAAAGAAAACAAUGGAAGUGUAUACCAGAAGGACGGACUUGCAACUCCCAUUGAUUCGUCCAGUAGAAUUAAUUCAAAAAUGCCGGAAGAUAUCGUUAAGGAAGAUGUAGAAUAUAUAGAUAAUAACAUAAAUUCAAUUAUUUCAAAUAAAAAUAAACAAAAUGAAUCUAUUUCUUUGCUAAAAACUUUUAAAUCUCUAAAUUUGGAAAAACAAACUAGUUUUAAAUGUUUAGGUACGUUUUCGAAUAAUAUUUCUACAAAACAUGUUAAUUCUAAAACAAUGAAAUCAAACAAAAAUCGUUUGCGGAGAAAAUGUAAAAAGACCAAUGAGAUUGUAGUUAUUGACUUAACUAGCGAUGUAGUGCUUGAAAAAUGUAUAAAGAAAAGGAAAUCUAGAAAAUUAGCAUGGUUAGAAGAGGCAAAGAAGAACAUCGAUUUGAAGAUAAUGACAGCAUCACAGAAGAAAAAAAAGCAAAAAAAUAAUAUUUCACGAAGUAUUAGUCAUCAAUUGGAAGAAUCAUCUCAAUUAGAGGAUGCCACAGAAAAUCUUAAUAAAAAACAAGAAUCGAACCAGAUGGUUAUUGAUGUUAAAAAUAGCGAAAAUGAUAAAAAAUUGAUAGCUUGUACAGAAAACAUAACAAAAUCAAUCGAUAUAGAAGUCAAUACUAAAAAAACACAAAUUAAAACAUCUACAAUAACUAAUAAAGCAGUUUUGACUGAGAUACUCUCAUUAAAAAAGCAAGUAUCAAAAGUUUCAAAUAACAUUGUUAAUAGUAAUUGUUUAAGUAACAGAGAUAAUUCGAAUAUACAAAAUGAAGAAAAAAAAGAUGAUAGAUUUAAUAAACAAACUGUGAUCAAGCGACUGGUAGAAACAGAUGAUUUCUCAGAACCUGAAACACGCGAAAAACUUGAAAGUUUUAAAAAAGUCUGUGAUCUAGAAACAGAAUGCCCAGGUGUAAAUAGUAUCACAAUAUGUACUCCAUAUAAUUCCAAAGAUAAUGCCGUUAAUUCUACUCAUUCUAAUUUCAAUGUAAUUAAUGAUGAAAUAAUCGAUAAGAUAACAGUAUCGAGAAAUACAGAAAAAAGUAAUCAAAAUAUCCCGAAUAACAAAACAUUAGAUGUUUGUUUCAAUAAAACAAUUCUUGAAUCUGAUUAUUCUAAUAAGAUAUUUAAUUCUGAGAUUAGAUGUGAAGAAUUAAUUACGGCGCAAAAUAAUAAAACUGAAACGAUUUCUACUGAAACAAUAAAGAAUAUUGAAGCAUCUUCUGUUAAAAGUUUAUUAAAUUAUAAAGAAAAACAAGAGUCAUCACGUGUGUUUGUCAAAAUUUCAAUGCAAGAAAAGUCUGAAUCACAAAUGGAAUCGAAAUCAUCAAAAUGUACAAACAAAGUAAAAAAUGAAUUCUGCCCGCGAACAGAAUUAGAAAUUUGUAAAGAAAUAAACAAGAAUAUAAAAGAAGAUAAAUCAAGCAUCGCUAAUAUCAGAGAAUCUAUUUUCGAAUCUUAUUCUAUGGAUAAGAAAAAUAUUUCUAAUACAAAUAAUGCAACGUGCCCGAAUGAAAAUAUUGAGAAUAAUAAAAAUUCUUGUAUUGAUACAAACUUUAAGAAAUGUAUAGAUGAUAUAAUAGAAAACAAGUACGAUGGUAAGUUUGAAAAAUAUACUAAUAAGGAAGAUAUUUCUUGCGAAUCUAACGAAAUAUCUUCUGUGUCAUCGAAAAUAGAAACAAAUGAAUGUAGUAAAAUAAUAGAAGAAAAAAAUGUGAAUAAUGUUGCCAAAAAUAAAUACAUCACUCAAGAAUUACAAGACAAUAUCGAUGGUUUAUCGUUGUUGGCUAGUGUUUCGCAACACAUACCCCAUUUGAAGCCUGAAUCUGAUAUAAAAUGUGAUCAAAUAAAAGUAAAAGAUUACGCAUCUUUAAGAUAUGCGUGUUAUAAUCAAAUUACUGACGAUGAGGCAGAUACAAAUGAUUCGUCAAACACUGUUUCUCAAUUGCUCGAAAAUCCAUCCACAGAAAUUAUCAAUAGAAUCGUCGGCAUUUAUCCUGAAGAUGCCUUAGAUGUUGCCCUUCAUGUAGAAGUAACAUCUAAUGAAACAAAUAAUGGAAAUAAUGAUAGCGAAUUGUGUAAAGUCAUAUUUCAACCGGAAACAAAUCUAAAUUAUGACACAGAUGCAUUAACACAUAAUUUAACUCCUAUAGAAAAUAAUGUUCAAACCGUGAAAGAAAAUACAAAUGUAAUACUAAACGGAGAAACUGUAGUUUUAUUGCAAAAAUCUCCUAAUAGCAAUCUGUACAUUAUAAACAAAGCAGUCGAAAAUUCUAAAGAUCACAAUAAUGAUGAAGAAAAUAAUAGAUUAAAGGAAAAAAAUUGGAUAUCUCAAACUGAAGACUGUGGACAAUUUGAAACUUUAUCUUCUUUAGAUCAUGUAUCAUGUAAUUUGGAUUUAAUUCCGUAUCAAGAGAACAAGUGUUCCAUAGUGCGAGGUAAAGGAAUAAAAAUAGAAUGGGAAGAUAAUUUUUCAGAUAUGAAAACAUAUUCCACGAAGUUAUCAACUGACAUGCUCUCUAUAAAUUCACAAAUAUAUCAAGAUAUAAAUAUUAUGAACAAAUCGAUAGACAAGAGGAAAUCAAAUUCUACUUUUCGGCAAAAUAUCAAGCAAGAGUUCAAUAUCUCCAAUCACAUAGCAUCGAACUGUGCAAUUCCAGGAUUCAGUGGAAUUCACUCGCAUCCACGAGAAGUUGAUAAUCAACACCCCUUACAUAUUCCCGCCACUCAUCCAACGACCUUACCAGCGAUUUAUGGAAAUUGUGCUGACAACACGGAAUUGUGUGUACCAUAUCAUAAACAUUGCACUUCAGUAUCGUGUAAUUUGCAAAUUAAUGCCACUUCUUCCCUUUAUUCGCAUGCGAAAUCGGGCAAUCCGUGUGGAAGAUCGCAUUGUUCUUGUUUAAAUUGUACUUAUGAUAUCGUUGCGCAUUGCAGACAAUGUAUGCACCCGACAUCGGAUUCUCAUGUGUCUUGUAUCGAAAGUAGUCCGUAUUUCUUGUCAACGCACUCUUCAGUACAAAGCCCUGCCGUCCAAGAGCAUGACAGAGCAAAGAAUGAGGUCAUAGAAAAAUUAUACGAUGAUCAAUUAUUGUGUAAGAUAGAGAAAAAUCUUUUGAAAAAUAAUUCAUUGGAAAAACUGGAAGUACAAUGUGAUUCUGAAAGAAUGUUUAAUAAAGCUGCAGAAAAUAAAUUACCUUUGAAGAAAAGGCUGAAAGCGCAUGCAAUGGCAUAUGGUGAAGUACAGAUAAAAGCAAAAAAUAUAGAUAAUUAUCCUGCUAUGCCUAUGAUGUCCAUAGCUGCUUUAGAAGCAUUGGACAAUACGCGAAAAGGAUCCGAUCAAAUCGUUAAAUCUGAAUACGAAGUGUCUGUUACUAAAAAAGAAGAAUCACAUAAUGACUAUCAUUGUAAUUCAAAUUUGAUAAGAAGAAAUUAUUAUAAGGAUAUGCAUGUUGCCAAUUCACAUCAGAAUCUCGCAAAAGAAAAUACAAGAAAGAUUGAAUGUCAAUUUCGAUCGACAAAUAAUCAGACUAAUAAUACGAUAUGUCAGGAAUCUUGUCUUCAGAGGACAGUUAAAACAUCUGCGCAACGGAAAGAAAUCAAUCUGUCAGACAUGACAUCUUUAAAGCAAUUUGAGAUAGAACCGAUAGAACAAGAAGGAACGUACAAAAAAAUAAAGAAAACACAGUCGCCUCUACGGCAAACAAGAAGCUCAAAACGAAACGUUCCUAAAGUAAAUUAUUCUUACACCGAUGUUGAUCCAGAAUGGAAUCCGUCCGGUGAGUCAAAACGCAAACGUAAAAAGACUAGUCGAUGAUCGAUAUCGCCUCAUUAUGAAAAUUCGUUACCGUAAGAAAUUUUUCUGAAAUUUAAAUGAAUGAGUGAACAUUAAUCUUAUAAGACUGUGGCAUCGUAAACUUGUAUAUAUAUUGUAUAAAUGGGAAGAUAUAUCAUCUCGAGAAAAUAUUUGCAUAUUGGCGAUAGUACUGGCAUAGUACAACACCCGAAGAUUAACAAAUUAGCGUAAUUUUUCGAAGAGUUUCAAGCAACAAUAUGAAAGAUGUAUAGAUUUUGCAGAUCGUACCUGUAUUUUGUUGAACAUAGACAAUUUGGUACUAAAAUGAUAAGAUAUUCUUUAAUGUUUAUAAUUUGCUUUGUAUAAAGCUAUGCAGUAUUAUAUUACAUUUUAUCAGAUUUUGAUGACUAAUUAAUUUCGAUAGAAUAGAAUCCUAAUAAUUUUAAUUAGACUGAGUAUGAUAGAUAUCGUAUAGAAUGCAAAAUUUCAUUGUUUAUAGAGUAAUUAAAAUGUUUUAUAUAUUCAGAUAAAAAAACUACUUUUGUACAUAAUUAUAUAAAUGUAAUAUAGUAAUUUAAAAUAAUUUUAUGCAAACGUUUCAAUUUUAUAACUCUUAUAUAUGGAAGUUUAAUGACAUAAGAUUAUUUAAAUUCAGCGAAAUAAGAAAUCCAGGCUGAUGACAUUAUAAUUUACUAAAAAAAUAUUAAUAGAUUAAUUAUUUCCUCAUACUGGAAAAUUUCAAGGAAAUGCUUAAUUCCAAAAUGUGAUGUCAAUAAAUUUGCCAAAUAACAUAGAAGUAAUAGUAUCAUCAUACAAGAGUAGAAUAUAAAAUAUUAACUUCCUUUAAACUUUUAAUCUGUCCUCUUAAUACAUAUAGCAACAUUAUUUGUUAAAAAUGUACUCUUAGAUAUCACAAUGCAAGUAGCAUAGCUAGUCAUCACUUUUAAUUAUGAAAUAAUGUCAUCAUUUUUAAUUAUGAAUUAAAUUUAAUAUUUUGAUUUAUAUAAAAUAGAAUUUACAAAAAUUAACAUAUAUUCAAAAUUUUCAGUUUGAAAAUGGAAACAUCACAUAAAAUUAAAAAGAUGUACUUAGAUUUUAUAUACUUACCAAAAUGAUAGAGCUUUAUCACAUAAAAAAUCAUUCGAUAUAAUAUCCAAAUUUAUAAUAUAAAUUUAUAAUUUAUACUUU